UUUCCUCCUCCUCCUCCCGCGGCUCCUCGGCACUCCCGUGCGCGGCGGCGGAGCGCCCAGGCGCAGCCCGGCAGCAGGGCGCGGCGGCGGGCGCGGGCUCCCCCGUUCUCCUCCCCCAGCGGCCGGUGCGAGGAUGUCCCGGAGACCCCGGCACAGUAUAUAUAGUAGCGAUGAUGAUGAAGAAGAUGUUGAAAUGUAUGAUCACGAUUAUGAUGGCCUGCUCCCUAAGACUGGAAAACGUCACUUAGGAAAAACCAGGUGGACCCGCGAAGAGGAUGAGAAACUGAAGAAGCUUGUGGAGCAGAAUGGCACAGAAGACUGGAAAGUCAUUGCUAAUUUCCUUCCUAAUCGGACAGAUGUGCAGUGCCAGCACCGAUGGCAGAAGGUACUAAACCCAGAACUUAUUAAAGGUCCAUGGACUAAAGAAGAGGAUCAAAGGGUUAUAGAGCUCGUGCAGAAAUACGGUCCAAAGCGCUGGUCUGUCAUUGCUAAGCAUUUGAAGGGAAGGAUUGGAAAACAGUGCAGGGAGAGGUGGCACAACCAUUUGAACCCAGAAGUGAAGAAAACCUCCUGGACAGAAGAGGAAGAUAGAAUUAUUUACCAGGCACACAAGAGGCUGGGAAACAGAUGGGCAGAGAUUGCAAAGUUGCUGCCUGGACGAACUGAUAAUGCUAUCAAGAACCAUUGGAAUUCCACUAUGCGCCGAAAGGUUGAGCAGGAGGGCUACCUGCAGGAGUCCUCCAAAGCCUGUCACUCCUCAGCAGCUGCUGGCUUUCAGAAGAGCAACCACUUGAUGGCCUUUGCUCACAACCCAUCGCCAUCUGCCCAGCUGCCAGUAGCUGGCCAGCCCCCGCUGAGCAGUGACUACCCCUACUACCACAUCUCUGAGCCACAAAACGUUCCUGGUCAGAUCCCAUAUCCAGUAGCACUGCAUGUAAAUAUUGUCAAUGUUCCUCAGCCAGCUGCUGCAGCUAUCCAGAGACACUAUAAUGAUGAAGACCCUGAGAAAGAAAAACGAAUAAAGGAAUUAGAGUUGCUACUAAUGUCGACUGAGAAUGAACUGAAAGGGCAGCAGGCAUUACCAACACAGAACCACACAUCAAACUACACUGGCUGGCACAGCACCACAAUUGCUGACAGUAGCAGGACCAGUGGUGACAGUGCACCUGUUUCCUGUUUGGGGGAACAUCACCACUGUACUCCAUCUCCACCGGUGGAUCACGGUUGCUUACCUGAGGAAAGUGCAUCCCCUGCACGGUGCAUGAUUGUUCACCAGAGCAACAUCCUGGAUAAUGUUAAGAAUCUCUUAGAAUUUGCAGAAACACUCCAGUUAAUAGACUCCUUCUUAAACACCUCAUCCAAUCAUGAAAACUUGAACCUGGACAACCCUGCACUUACUUCCACACCAGUAUGUGGCCAUAAGACGGCAGGUACCGCCCCGUUCCACAGGGAGCAAACUUUCAAAGCUCAGAAGGAAAACCAUGUUUUCAGAACUCCAGCAAUCAAGAGGUCGAUAUUAGAAAGCUCUCCAAGAACACCCACUCCAUUCAAAAACGCACUUGCAGCUCAGGAAAUCAAAUACGGUCCUUUGAAGAUGCUGCCUCAAACUCCGACUCAUCUUGUAGAAGAUCUGCAGGAUGUUAUCAAGCAGGAGUCGGAGGAAUCUGCAAUAGUGGCUGGGCUACAUGAAAGUGGACCCCCUUUGCUGAAGAAAAUCAAACAAGAGGUGGAGUCUCCAACAGAUAAAGGUGGAAAUUUUUUUUGCUCAAAUCACUGGGAAGGAGAAAACCUGAACACUCAGCUCUUUGCACCUGGGUCUGCUAUGGAAGAUGUGCCAAAUCUUCUUACCAGCUCCAUUUUAAAGAUGCCUGUGUCUGAAGAGGAUGGUAGUUUUCACAAAACAGUUGCAGUACCUAGAAACAGGCCACUAGCUAGUCCUCUGCAGCAUCUGAACAACGCCUGGGAGUCAGCAUCCUGUGGGAAAAUCGAAGAUCAGAUGGCUCUGACGGAUCAGGCACGCAAGUACAUGGCCACCUUCCCCACCCGGACUCUGGUGAUGUGAAAAGGUUGACGAAUAGAGAAGCAUUAUGGUUUUGAGAACACUUCACCUCUGCUGGGAAAUUCCUGUUCCUCUGCAUGAAAACUUUUCAUGAAUGGGAGAAGAGCCUAUCUUUGUUGUGGUACAACAGUUGGGAGCAGCACAAAGUGCAUUUACUCACUCAGCAUAUAUAUUCUUGUUGGAUUUCGCCCAACUUAAGAGUUGGUUUUUUUUUUAAUGAUACUUGCCUAAAUUAUUAGGUAUUGAGUUUGAAUCAGUAAUUAAUGAUCUUAAGUGCAGACUUAUAAUAAAGACAAUUUUUCUUGUACUUUUUGAGAUCAAGCAGACUUAAUACACCAGUAUUGUUAUUUCAGUGAUGUGCUAGCCAAGGGGUGGGGUUUUGUUUCUUUUUUUAUUUUUCUUUAAUAAUAAAAGAGCAGGUACUCAAACAGAUAUAUUUUAAGUCACUGAACAAAAUGCAUUGGUGUAAAAUACUGAAGUGAAAAGCAUUACUAUAAACGCUUGUCUGUGCAAAAGGGGAAAACCGAUCAAGAUCGUGAAUACUCAAAUACCCAUGCCUCUUGAAAUACUCUUUUCUGUUUUGGUUCUAGACCAUUAUACAUUGUGUGUUUCUGUUGAGGGGGGGGGUGGGUAAUUAGCUUGCUUUAAAAAAUAUUACUGUAUGAAACAUAGAUUUAUGAGAAAAAAUAUAUUUUUAUUCAGUAAUUUAAUUUUGUAAAUGCCAAAUGAAUACUGUGUUUUGCUGCUACAGACCUUAGCGUGUAGACAUGCUGCUAGUGUAAAAGGAGCAGUAGAGCUUUAUGGAAAGAAAAGAAAUGUUGAUGUUAGCUAAUUGACUAUGCACUAGCAUUUCAGACCUUUUUGUUUUAAUUUUUUUUACAUCAUUUAUCUUUUUUGAACCUUUUUUUAUAAGCAAUAUUUUUGAACACUGUUCAUGGGAGAUUUUUUUUUUUGUCUGGAUGUGUUGUUUUGUUUCUCAUUGGUUUGUAACAGCAUGCAUUGCACCUUCAUAUGUUUGGGAGAACACUGUCUUGUUCAUGUUGUCUCUUUUGUUCCAUGUCUAGCUAGUUGUUCCCUAACUUGGGUCUUGUGUACUGAAUCAGGUUCUUAGAAAUACAUGGUUCUUUGUACUGCCGUAUCAACUCUUUAUUGAUAUGGCAAAACACUGAUUUUAUUUUAUUUUUUUAUUGUUUUGGUUUUUUAUAACAGCCUUUGAAUUUGCUGCCUUAAUAGCAUUUGGUGCAGCUUCAUCUGCACUUAAUUUUUUAUACAACAAUGUACUGCCUUGUAGAUAAAUAAAGUGUGUUCUUUUUUACUUAAACC